AGAAGCAAAAAAGAUUUGGAAAAUGGUGGCUCUCACUUCCUUAUCCCCAGCCCCGCCGCGCCCUUCCCCGUCUCCGGCCACACCUCGCCGUCGGCCGCCGCCGCCGCCUCAUGUUAUCCCUUCACCGCACGUCCGAAGCCGGCCCGCCCCCACCGUCGUAUCCGCCACCCCCGGUGCCACAGACGGCUACCACUCCACCAUCCGCUCCCUCAACUCCCGCGGCCGCCACGUCCCUCGCAAGUCCCUCGGGCAGAACUACAUGCUGAACUCGAAGGUGAACGAGGAGCUGGUGGCGGCGGCGGGGGUCGAGGAGGGGGACGUCGUGCUUGAGAUUGGCCCGGGGACUGGCUCUCUCACGGAAGCUCUCCUCGCUGCCGGCGCCACCGUCUUCGCCGUAGAGAAGGAUAAGCAUAUGGCCACACUUGUGAACGAUAGGUUUGGAUCCACAGAACAAUUGAAGAUCAUCGAAGAAGAUAUCACAAAAUUUAACGUCCGCUCCCAUUUUGUUCCUUUCCUGGAGGAAAAAUCCCAUCAUUCGAAAAAAUAUGCCAAGGUGGUGUCAAAUUUACCAUUUAAUAUAAGCACUGACGUCGUCAAACUGCUUCUCCCAACGGGUGAUGUCUUUUCUGAUAUGGUGCUUUUGCUUCAGGAUGAAACAGCAUUGCGCCUUGCAGAUGCUUCAAUACAAACACCAGAGUACCGACCUAUCAACGUGUUUGUGAAUUUCUACUCAGAACCAGAGUACAAGUUCAAAGUUGAGAGAACAAAUUUUUUCCCUCAACCAAAGGUUGAUGGUGCUGUUAUAAGCUUUAAGCUAAAGAAUGCAGGGGAUUACCCACCAGUUGGUUCUCAAAAAAGCUUCUUUUCAAUGGUGAACUCCGCUUUCAAUGGAAAGCGCAAGAUGCUUCGUAAAUCACUCCAGCAUCUGUGUUCUUCCUCUGAGAUCGAGGCUGCUCUGACCAGCAUUGGUCUUCCAGUUACAGCUAGACCUUCCGAUCUGGUGUUAGAUGAUUUCGUGAGGUUGCACAAUCAUUUGGCGAAAACAUGAAUAUCCGGUGCCUUAUAACUGCCUGUGGAACUGUGUUGGUUUGGCCGCUGCACUGAGCAUAUCGCUGAAGAAAUUUUGUCCCCACA